AUGACCGGCUGUUUGUCGACAUUCACGCUCCGGUGGAGCUCCUCGGCCGAAGAUCAAGCCACUUGGACGAGUCACCUGGACGAGGACCUAUUUUUCGUGUUCGUGCCGAGAGAUGGGAAAGCGGAGCGUGACGUGCAUCUGCCGGUUCCGGUCAUCGACCCGAAUACCAUAGCUCCUGGGUAUACGGUCGUCUAUGUUGUCAGGCCCGAAGUACUGCCGUUAGCCCUCGGGAAGGAGAGCUGCUAUCCAUUCUGCCAGAAUCAGCUGAUUAUUGCGUGUACCUGCCUGUUCCUUCUCGCUCUUGUCUUCAUCCCUCCCUUCGUCUGUGCCUCCAUCACAAAACGAGUCCGACGAAAUGAGACACCCGAUUUGCCGUUGAUCGAUAAACGACCCGAUUCCGAAAUGAUACGCUCGGGGAAUACCGACACCACGCAAGCCAGUAUCCAGAAGUUUGUCGCCAAGCGGAGUAUCGGCAUCCAGUUGAGCGCCCACGGGACCCCGAGGACAAAUCGAGCUGCCGAUACACCGCUACCCUUCGGCUCUUCAGCCGCCUCGGUUUUGGAUGAAUUGGAAUAUGACGAUUAUGAUGGGACCAGAGAUCCUGGCUCGCUUCUGGCUCCUCCUCUUCAUGAACCUUACUCGACAAUUGAUAUCGAACAGAUCAUCGCUGAAGCCCGAGAAAUCGUAGAGCACGUGGAGCAGAGUGACGCUCAUACCCAAAUU